GGGAGAACAGGAAGGAAACAUCAGUCCAUUAGUUUUCUAAGGCAAGAACAAGAUGGCGCCGACGAAAGUGAAGCUUGUGUCGAUGGACGGCGAGGCGUUCGAGGUGGAGACGUCUGUAGCCGUGAUGAGUGAGCUGGUGAAGACGCUAGUGGCGGACGAUCACGAGGAAGGCGGCGAGGUGCAGGAAAUCCCUCUGCCUAAUGUUAAGAGUCACGUGUUGGCAAAAGUCGUCGAGUUCUGCCGCCACCACAAGGACUCGCCUAUGGCCGAGAUCCAGAAACCUCUCAAGAGUAAUGUCCUAAGCGAAUCCGUGGAUGAAUGGGACGCCAAGUUCGUGGAUCUGGAGGACCAGGAGCUGCUGUUCGAGCUCAUCCUGGCCGCCAACUACAUGGACAUCAAGGGUUUAUUGGACUUGUCGUGCGCCAAAGUGGCUUGUAUGAUCAAGGGGAAAACGCCCGAGGAAAUUCGAGCUACUUUCGGCAUCACGGAAGAGUUCACUGAGGAGGAACAACAGAGAAUCCUCGAGGAAAACAAGUGGAUUGAGGACGUGUAGCAAGGCAGGAACCAAUAUUGAAGCCAAGUUCUUGAACACAAACAUGCUUGGUUUGCAGACUAUUAUGAGUGGAAUUUACAGCAUAAGCAUAGGCCUAAAAUGUGGUAAUACCAAACAAGACUUCAGUCGAAUUAAUAUGUUG